UAUGUAAAUGCUCCAUUUUAAUUAUAUUAGGAGGACGGCCCUAUUCUCUGCCCAAUAAAAAUGGACCAGGGCUGACACCUGGUUAUAAACACAGGAAGGAUUCCAAAGUAGUAAUCGCAAAUCGGCAGAAAAAAAGCCAACCGGCAUCUUCAAGAGACGCAAUGACCUCCAGUAAAGUUGAACUGCCAGGAGAGUUGAAGAACGACCCGGCUGCGCUCAUGGCAUCUCUUCAUCUGGUGCCCUCACCGGUACCCAAUCCUGAAAUCAAGUACACUAAGAUUUUUAUUAAUAACGAAUGGCAUGAUUCUGUGAGUGGUAAGGUCUUCAGCACAUACAACCCGGCUACAGGAGAGAAGGUUUGCGAUGUCCAGGAAGCAGAUAAGGCUGAUGUGGACAAAGCCGUGCAGGCUGCACGUUCGGCCUUCUCUCUGGGUUCAGUAUGGAGGAAGAUGGAUGCAUCUGAACGUGGGAGGCUGUUGUUUAAGCUAGCUGACUUGGUGGAAAGAGACAGUGCCUACCUUGCUACCCUGGAGUCUCUGGACACUGGGAAACCUUUCCUGUCCUCCUUCUUUGUGGAUCUUCAGGGAACCAUUAAAACUUUUCGAUAUUUUGCUGGAUGGGCAGAUAAGAUCCAUGGUUCCACGAUUCCGACUGAUGGAGGCUAUUUCACCCUUACCAGACACGAGCCAGUCGGAGUUUGUGGACAGAUCAUUCCUUGGAACUUCCCCCUGGUGAUGACAGCAUGGAAACUGGGGCCAGCACUGAGCUGCGGGAACACUGUUGUCCUGAAACCCGCUGAGCAGACCCCUCUCACCUGCCUUUACAUUGGUGCCCUGAUCAAAGAGGCUGGGUUUCCACCAGGAGUCGUCAAUAUUUUGCCAGGCUAUGGGCCAACCGUGGGAGCCGCGAUCGCUUCGCACAUGGGCAUAGACAAAGUGGCGUUCACAGGAUCGACUGAGGUAGGCAAGCUGAUCCAAGAAGCAGCAGGAAAGAGCAAUCUGAAGAGAGUCACCCUAGAGCUCGGGGGAAAGAGUCCCAACAUCAUUUUUGCAGAUGCUGAUUUUGAGCUGGCAGUCGAACAGGCCCAUCAGGGUGUUUUCUUCAAUAACGGUCAGUGCUGCACUGCUGGUUCCCGUAUCUUUGUGGAGGAGCCCAUUUAUGACGAGUUUGUACGAAGGAGUGUCGAGAGAGCAAGGAGAAAGACAGUGGGAAAUCCCUUCGACCCAACCACUGAGCAGGGACCUCAGAUAAGUGCAGAGCACCAGAGACGUGUACUGGAGCUGAUUCAGAGCGGCAUCACUGAAGGAGCUAAACUGGAGUGUGGCGGCAAAGCUCCUCCUUCUAAAGGCUUCUUUUUGGAGCCCACAGUCUUUUCUGAUGUACAGGACCACAUGCGCAUUGCCAAGGAGGAGAUAUUUGGGCCAGUUCAGCAGAUCAUGAAGUUUAAAACUAUUGAAGAAGUGAUUGAGAGAGCCAACAACACAGAAUAUGGUCUGGCAGCAGCGGUUUUCACCACAGACCUCAACAAGGCCAUGACGGUCUCUGCAGCUCUGCAAGCCGGCACUGUCUGGAUCAACUGUUAUAAUGCACUGAGCUGCCAGUGUCCUUUUGGAGGAUUCAAAAUGUCCGGCAAUGGUCGUGAACUGGGUGAGAUCGGACUGAAAGAGUACACAGAGUUGAAAACCAUUACAAUGAAGAUGUCAGGGAAGAAAUCUUAAAGCACAACUAU